AUAUUUUGACAUCCCUCCCCUGAAGUUCAGUGUCCCUCUCUCCACCCACCGACUCCACCCAUCAUGCUUCUUCCUGCUUGCAGACAAACAUAGAAAGUAUUAGCAUAACCUGGCCAUUUUAAAAUAAUUUAAAGGAGAUCAGACCUCAAAUCUUUCUCUUCAGCCUGUGGCAGACUCUAAUAAUCCAUCAGAGGCAAAUUUAUGAUAAUGAACUAGAAAUAAAAGCACAGAACUAAAGCUGUUUUGACAUGCUGUUGCUGUGUGAGGGUGAGAAGUUGGUGGAACAGGUUUUCUCUCUUGUCAGGAUUUUCCUUAUGUACAACUCCAAAAUCAUCUCGGCAUCAACUGACUGUCCUUGUGAGUUUUUCUUCAAAGGACAAGUUAUCUGUAAAAGAAGGCAAGAGGAUGGAAACUUUCUCAAGAUCCCAAAUUCUGCAGGAGCUUAAUUUGCGAUGUCACACACUGGCUGCCAAAGGCAAAAGAGGCUUCAAACAAGAGUUUGGGGAGCUGAAUGAAGUUGGCAAAGACCUUUCCAUCAAAGCAGGAGAACUAGAGGCCAACAGAGAAAAGAACAGAUACCCCCUCAUUUUGCCAUAUGACCACUGUCGUGUGAGGCUGUCCAUUCAAAGUCAAAAUCCAUACUCUGAUUACAUCAAUGCUAAUUUUGUGCCAGGUGGAGGAUCAGAAAGAGAUUUUAUCUGCACCCAGGGUCCUUUGCCCAAUACGAUAGCUGACUUCUGGAGGAUGGUGUGGGAGCAAAACGUCAAGAUAAUCAUCAUGGUGACAGCUCUGAAAUACAAGAACACAGUGCUGUGUGAUAAGUACUGGUCUCUGGAGCAGGGGACAGUUUAUCAUGGACUGUUCCAAGUGACAACAGUGACCUGCAAACAAGGUCCAGAUUAUUUUAUCACAACCAUUAACCUGCGACAGAGGGACAGCCCAACUGACAGGAUAAUCACUCACUACCACUACCUUUCCUGGCCGGACCAGGGAGUCCCAAACCUGUCCUCACUCUGUGUCUUCACUGAGCAUGUGCGGCAGCAUUUGGAAGAAAUUCCCCGUCUGGGGCCAGCUGUGGUGCACUGCAGUGCAGGCGUCGGCCGGUCAGGGACAUUUGUGACUUUGCUGUGGCUGAUGCAGCUGUGUGUGAGGGGAAUCCGACCAGACAUCAGAGCUGCUGUGGAAGACCUGCGACUGCAUCGAAUGUGGAUGGUCCAGAAUCUGGAGCAGUAUGUGUUUAUUUAUCAAUGUCUGGCACACUGGCUCAGCAGGGGAGUGUCAGCAAGGCCACAGGUCACAGAAAUCAGUUUGAAUGCCAAGCAACACAUUAAGGAUCAGCCUCGCACAUCCUCAGGACGGAGAAACAGAGCAGGGAGCAGGAGACAACACCGCCAUAGACAGAAACCUCCAUCUGACCAACCACAGGCCACAAUACAGACUUUACACCCUGGGAACCUACUGAGGAGGCUAAUGCCCUUCUUGUCACAGAGUAAUCAGGCUUCAAACAGUUCCAGUAACAAAUGAAGGAUAUAUUUAUAUGUAUAUUCCUAUAUGCACGGGAUAAGACAAAAGUUAAGUUUUUUUUCUUUUUGUUUUUUCUUUUUAAGACUUAAGUGACCACAUACUGUAUCUUCAGUGGGAAGAAAAAAACUGGAGAAAAAAUACUUUGUAUACAGAUUGAAAGACCCUGCAGGCAGAAAACAUACCUAACACGUAGUUUAAUGCAUCCAACAGACAGCCGUAUGUAUUACUUCACGGAAAACCUGGAGAAAUAACCUGCCUUAGCAGGUCAAACCUGUUUUCUGCUGAUCCCUUGAAA